AUGACUUCACUUUCUAGUACCGUAUCAACCCUCUACCAAACAUCUGCCAACUCCACUGCCUCUCGUGUAAUCUUAGUAGACGAUGACACUCAAGCUUCCAUUCGACGAAUCAAGACUGAUCCAACUUACUCACUCUGGAGUUCAGAAAAUUACAAGAUGCUGGAUAGACUCUCUCAACCCACUAUCCAAGUUCCAGACCCGGAAGAAAAUGAACGAGGCAGAUUGGAGAUGUUUAGAGAUACGUUGGACGAAUCGAUUGACAAAGCUGAUAAAGUUAGGGUGGUUAGGUGUAAGGCUAAGAGAGAGAAUUAUGAGAGAGUGAAAGGAUUGGUACAAAGUGUUCUGGACGAGGUCUAA